AUGCAGAGCCUGUUCGUGCCGAGGCCGUCUCCUCCCUCUCCUUUGGUCAGGGUGCUCUCCACGAGCCUGAGCUGCGGUGUCCGGUCCAGGUCGACGUCGGUGGUGCGAUGCCAGCUGGAAGGGGCGGCGGAGGCAAAGUCGGUGGGUUGGGCUCCUCCGGGGCCGUACACGGGGCGGGACCCGGAGGUGAAGAAGCCGGCGUGGCUGCGGCAGCGGGCGGCGCAGGGAGAGAAGUACGCGAGGCUGAGGGAGUCGCUCGGCGAGCUCAAGCUCAACACCGUCUGCGUCGAGGCCCAAUGCCCCAACAUCGGAGAGUGUUGGAAUGGAGGUGGCGGGGCCGGCGGAGAAGGGGAUGGCGUUGCGACCGCGACGAUCAUGCUCCUCGGCGACACCUGUACCCGGGGGUGUCGAUUCUGCGCCGUGAAAACCAGCAACAAUCCUCCCCCACCGGAUGCCCUGGAGCUUCUGAAGACAGCCAUGGCAGUCGCGAGUUGGGGAGUAGACUACGUUGUGCUGACAAGUGUUGAUCGGGAUGACCUUCCUGAUGGUGGAAGCGGCCAUUUUGCUCAAACAGUCCGAGCUCUUAAGGAGUUGAAGCCUGGGAUAUUGGUGGAGUGCUUGACUUCAGAUUUUCGAGGUGACAUGGGGGCAGUUUCAUCUUUAGCGAACUCUGGUCUAGAUGUAUAUGCUCACAGCAUUGAAACUGUGAGGAGUCUGCAGAGAAUAGUUAGAGAUCCCCGAGCAGGAUAUGAUCAGAGUUUAGCUGUUCUGAAACAUGCAAAGAUUAGCAGAGUGAAUAUGGUAACGAAGUCCUCUAUCAUGCUUGGUCUAGGAGAGAGAGAUGAGGAGGUGAAGCAAACAAUAGCUGACUUGAGGGUUGUCAAUGUUGAUAUUCUGACCUUGGGACAAUAUUUACAGCCCACAGAAAGACACUUGACAGUUAGAGAGUAUGUGACUCCUGAGAAGUUUGAUUUCUGGAAGGACUACGGAGAAUCUUUAGGUUUUCUUUAUGUGGCUAGUGGACCUCUGGCAGGCGGCAGACCUCCCGUUCAGAUUUUGCCUACAUGUUCCAAGGCUCCUGCUAGAUUUGCUGCUGCCUUGCAAGAAUCAAACUAUCAAAGGCUUCGUAUCACAGAUUUCUCAAAGUGA